CAUACCUCCGCCCACAGUGGACCCAUAAAGUCUCCCUCCUCCUCCUCCCUCUUCCUCUACUCCUGUUGGUAUUCCGUAUUCAGGGGCUUGUGUAUCGAUUAUUUGAGUUAUGGUUGCUUCUACCGCUUCGGAUACCACUGGUAUACCGGUGUCUCAAUAUCAAACUUCUUCAAUCGAAGCAAACAUGGCUUCUACCUCGCCGCUCCCUUCUGUGGCAUACCUUGGACCCAGAAGUUCAUAUUCUCACCAGGCAGCGUUAGAAUGCUUCGACCCAGCAAAAUAUACCUUUGAACCUCGGGCCGCAAUCGCCGACGUCUUCACAGCCGUCCAAGCCGGCGCAGUAGCUUACGGCGUAGUCCCCUUCGAAAACUCGACAAACGGGAACGUAGUCUUCACCCUAGACCUCUUCUGCGACCGCACUCGCUCCUUCCGCGACACCUUCGUUUGCGGCGAGACAUACCUCGACGUGCACCACUGUCUCCUCUCGAGCGCUGCAUCGCUCUCCAGCGUGGCCAGGAUCUACUCGCACCCGCAGGCCUUUGGACAGUGCGAGAACUGGCUCAGCGCAAACGCGCGCGGCGUCGAGCGUAUCGACGUCUCGUCCACCUCGAAGGCCGCGCAGAUCGUUGCGGGGGAUGCGGGUGCCGCCGCUAUCGCGAGUAGGGUCGCCGCCGACGUGCACGGGCUCAGGGUCCUCGCGGGGAAUAUCGAGGACUCGGCGGAUAAUACUACUAGGUUUUUCGUGCUGGUUGCGCAACCGGCAUUGAGGGCUCCGGUCUCCAAAGGGCAUGGGGAGACGGAUAAGACGCUUUUGUCGUUCACCGUUGAUCACGAGAUUCCCGGGGCGCUUUGCGAUAGUUUGAAGGUCUUCAAGGAUUUUGGGCUUAAUCUUACGAGCAUUGCGAGUAGACCCAGCAGGCUCCUGCCCUGGAAUUACGUGUUUUUCGUCGAGUUCGUAGGGCACAGCGAUGCUCAGCAUGUCCAGGCUGCCUUGGACGAGCUUAAGAAGUACUGUUUGAACUUGAGGAUCCUAGGGAGCUAUAGGGAUGAGCAGCGUAGGAGGGGACAGGGUUAUCGCGAUAGCGAGAGGAGGGUGGCGGGGAACGGAAAGGCGUCUUAGUAGGGGCAGGAGACGCAGAGGGGGAACUGGAAAAACUGGCAACGUGUAAUAGUGCUAGUCAGAACGCUCAACCCAUACCUAGACACAUUUCAUUCAUAGAUAAUUCC